UUUUUGUAAAUUUCCUUCAUUCACAUACAUUCAAGCACAAAACACCAUCCAUGGCACCCCCGGCUGCUGCGACUUCCGGCUCUGCGUUCGGCUUCAAGGAGACGUUUGCUCUUGCUGAUGAUCGCGAGCGCGCCCUCGGCGAACUCAUCUCCGGCACUGAGGACUACUAUGUCUACCACCUCCAGCACUUGCUCAACAUUGGCAAGGGUAACUCGGAACGCGCCGACAAGCUCUUUGCCGAGUUCGCCGAGCACUUCCCCUACUCGGACCGCAAGAAUCAACUCGAGACCCGCAGGCACUUGCUCAGCUUUGACGGCGACUCCAAGCCGCGCAAGGAGCGUGCUGUCGAGUACCUGCGUGACCAGCUCAACACCUACUUGUAUCACGAGCGCCAAGUGACCGCUGCCUCAGAGCAGGCUGCUCCCGCCAAGUACCCCUCCGUGUUGGAUUCCGAGUUGCUUGAUACGAAGGCUCUUGCCAAGACCGCCAUGGACGAAUGCUCGAACUGGAACAUGUCCUCAUUCAGAAUGCCUGAGGCCGUCGAGUAUGUGGCGGAGCACCUUUCCGACAAGGUCGUUUCCCAGUGCUUGCGCAAGGCCGUCGAGUCCAUGAAGUACGCCGACUUUCCGGGAGCGUUCGAGCUCAUCAAGGCUGAGCUGACCCCCAACGACUUUGGCAACCGCAGCAUUCAUGCUCAGCUGCCGCAGGGCUCGCUGGAUGCGCUGAGCAAGGCGCAUCCAUCGCUGCUCAACCACUCGCGGUUUGUUGACGUGUAUCUGUCCAAGCUGCGCCCUGCGGCGGACGUCAACCUGGACCUGGAACGCUCCGAGCGCGAGGCCUACAUUGCGCGGCUCUGGGAUUUUGUCAUCCUGAAGCUUGGGCCGACCUUCAAUGCGCUCAAGGCCAAUGUGUACCUCAUGGCGCUUCAAUUUGAUCGCGAAGUGAACAAGUACGACAGCGUCAAGUUCAUCGAGUAUCUCAAGCUCCCCAAGCGCACCCGCAUUGCGAGUUCGCACUACCACUCGAGUUUCAAGGACCAGAGCUGCGUUUUCAACACGGGCGUGUCCAUGUCGGAACCGUACAUCCCGACGCUUCGUGACGAUACCGAGAUUGUGUCUGAUUUUCUGUACCACUUUUUCUCGCAGCCCGAGUGCAAGUCGUUCAAGCCGUACGACAUGUACUUGGACCAGCAGUUUUUGGUUCGCCAGUACGCCAUGGCCAGGAUCACCUCGGGUGAAAGUCUGUCUGACUCUUCCUUGACGCCCUCGGAAGCGCAAGAGUUGCGUGACCGCGUCGACCUCGAGUUUGCCACCAACAAGACCCACUUUUCGCCCGGCGAUGUCGUGGAGCUGCUCGUGUACACCAAGAACAUUGACCAGCUGAUUCUGAAAGAGUACGACAUCAACACUCGCAACUACUACCAGAGUGAAAAGUCGGAAGUCGGCCCCUCCAUCAACCUCGACGGCAUUGUCGCCAAUCGCGAGACGGUGCACAAGUUCACCGAGCCGCCUGCGCGCCGUGUUUUGCGCAAAUUCCAGUUCCCCAACCUCGUCCAGCGUGGAGUCCAUGUCAUUGAGCUCAUUGGCGCCGGCUUGUCAGCGCGUGCGAUCGUGCGUGUCGGGAGCCUCACUGUGGUUGAGCGCCGCGGCGUUGCCGGCCAUGUCUUUUCCGUGCUGGAUGAGAAGGGCGCUCGCCUCUCAGACCGCCUCAGCAUCAAGAUUGGCAACCAGACGUACGAGCCCGAGUCUGAGGCUGAUGUGAGCCAGGUUGCCGCGACCUCGUCCUCGGCGGCCAUUGCUGCUGGGGAGAUUACCGUGCCGUAUGCCGCCUCCACCUCUCAGCAAGCCAUGCUCGUCACCCACGACAACUUUACGACCCUUGUGAACUUUACCCAUUGCAACGAGUCGUACGACUUUUCGGCGGCAUUCUUGCUCGAGCGCGAGUCGCUGAUUGCAGGCAACCGCACCGCCAAGGUCCUCAUUCGCCCGCAACUCUUCCUGAACAGCCUUCCCAUCUCGCUCAGUGUGCUCGACACGGCGCAGACACAGCUCAUCGUCACGCUCACGGACGACGAGUCCGUGCCAACCGUGCGACGCCUCGGCAACAUUCGGUUCAAGGACGACGAGGAGCUGGUGCACGAGUUUGCCGUCGCUGAUGGCAUUCGCGAGGUCCGUUUCGAACUCACCUCUGUGGUGCAGCACACCAACGGCUCGAGCAAGUCUUCCGUGUCCGCAUCGGACACGCUUGCCAUCAACACCUCGGACGCCUCCAGCCAGGUCGAAGACAUCCACCUGCGCUUUAGCGGUGACGAAUACUCGCUGCACGCCAUUGGCAAGGGUGGCGAGCCUCUUCCCAAGCGCGUCAUUUCGCUCGAAAUUGCACAUGCUCUUGUGACGCGGUCCAUCCACGUUUCGCUGCAGACGGAUGCCAACGGCGCCGUCUCCCUCGGCCCGCUCAAUCAUGUGCUGUCGGUCUCUGCGAACAUUCCUGGCAUUUCUCGUUCGUUUGAGCUGCCGCGUGACUCGGUUCUGCUGCCCCCGAUCGUGCACGCGAAAGCUGGUGAGAAUAUUCUCGUCGCCCUUCCGUCCUCAACGUCCAGCAAGCAGGCUCACUCCUCCGUCAUCUCCUGCAGUGUGGAGCGCGCUUCGCUGCUGUCUGUCAAGGGCGACCGUGUCAUUUCGGACGUGUCCGCCAAGGUGCGUGUGGAUCGCGAAUCGGGCUACUUUGUGAUUGCCGGUCUGCCGCGCGGCGAUUACAUUCUCCGCAUCCGAUCCCCGUGCCUUCCGAAUGUGGCCACUGUCGAGGUGAAGGUGAGCGACGGCCGUGUUGCCGGAAACAAGCUGAUUGGUGCGACGCGUCAUCUGCAGCUCCCCCGCAAGCGCCAGCCGCUCCAGCUUGCCGUUACGUCUUACGACCAUCGCACAGGCCUGACCCUGAAGGUCACCCAUGCGUCGUCCAAAGCCCGCAUUCACAUUUCGCGCCCGCAGCUCGUGUCUGAUCAGACCCUUUCCUCCACGGCGCCGAAUGCCAGCCGCUCAUCUCUCGCGGCCACAGACGUUUCUGUUCCUGCCUCCCAGUACACAACUGCGAAGAAGCUGGGCGAAGAGCAGCAGUACAUUAUUGACCGCAAGUACGCCAAGCGCUUCCCCGGCAACAUGCUCCAGAAGCCGUCGCUGCUCCUCAACCCGUACGCUGUGCGCAAGGCCGAUUCGCGCAACCAGGACGCUCGCGCCGGAGACCGUCACGUUGGCGAAGGUUCUGCUGCCAGCAUGCAUGCCAAGAAAAACCGCCUCAUGGGCAAGCGCGAGCGGAAUGUGGCCGGCAGCGGCAGCGAUCCGAAUCUCGAUUUCCUGACCACCGCAGUGCAAACCCUCACCAAUCUGCGCCCAGACCCGACCACCGGACUGAUUCACGUCUCGCCUGACGUGCUGGCGCAGUGCGGCCUGGGUGAUCGCAUCGUGUGUGCCGCCAUCGACGACGAGGAAGUGGUUGUGCGCCACGCAAUCGCGGCGCCAGCCAACUCGUCCCUCAAGACCAAGGACCGGAGCCUCGCGGACGCUCUUGCCCCCACGACGCACUUUGUGGAGCAAAAGGAGGUGGCGACGGUGCAGGCCAAUGAGAGCUUUGUGGUGCAGAACAUUCGCACCAGCAAGAUUGAAGUGUACGAUUCGCUCGACAAGGCCUACCGCCUGCUUUCUGCCAUCUCGAACUCGUCGCUGCUCCAAGAAUUCAACUUUGUGCUCGAGUGGCCAACCUUGUCUCAGGAGACCAAGCUCGCCAAGUUUUCGCAGUACGCCUGCCACGAGCUUGCCUUCUUCCUGUACAAGAAAGACCGCCCGUUCUUUGACUCGGUUGUCCGCUCGUACUACUCCAACAAGAAGGAGAAGACAUUCCUCGAUCAUUGGCUGGUCGGGCACGACCUUUCGUGGUUUUUGGACACGUAUGCCUACUCGCGCCUCAAUGUUGUUGAGCGCAUCCUGUUGGCAGAGCGCGUUGCUGCAGAACGCGGUGUGGUCGCACUCAACACCAAGCACGGAAGUGAACUCGUCCCUGUUGAUCCGGAGCGCUGGAGCUUCCUGUUCAAGGCUGCCAUUCAGGGUGGAUCGAUGGACGGAAACGACGAGCCCCCGCCGCAAGAAGCGGUUCCAAUGGAGAUUGAGUUUAACAGUAUGAGUGUUGGCGGCGGCGGCGCUGCCAUGCGUAGCCUCGCUCCUUCCAUGUCGUUUGGAGCCCCCGCCCCCAUGGCAAUGAUGGCGCGCGGCGGACCUCCGAUGAUGGCCAAACGGAUGGCUCAGCCAAUGAUGAUGAUGGCCGCUUGUCCGCCACCUCCGCCUCCUGGCAUGGCCAUGAUGGCUAUGGACGAGUGUGAAAUGGCGGCCGAUGACUACGCCGGGGGCUAUGACGAAGACUCUUCCGAUAUGGAGGAAGAGGCCAAAGAAGCAUACUCGGAAGGCGGUCAUCAGGGAGCGGCUCCUGAUGACGACGAUGGCGAGCGAGACCUUCGUCGUCGUGUCACUGGCAAGCAACGUGCGCUCUUCCGCCGUCCCCCUCCGACCGAGGAAUACGCGGAAAACAACUACUACAAGAUUGCCAAGGACGCUCACAACGCCAGCCUCAUCACCCCGAACGCUUUCUGGAGCGACUAUGCGGCGUUCGUCGAGCGCAGCAAAGCCGGCGAGGCGUUCGUGUCGGUCAACCUGGCCUUGGCGACGCGCUCGCUGACCGAAAUGCUGAUGGCGCUGGCAGUGUUGGACGUCCCGUUCACGCCAGCGCAGCAUGAGCGUCAGUACCAAGGCGAGCAGUUGACCUUGCGCACACGCUCUGCUGCCAUCAUUUACACUCGUCAAGUUCGCGAGACUCCCCGAGACCCCGCUGCACCCCCAGUGCAGGCGUUCGUCAAGUACUUUGACCCGAACGAGCGUGAGGGCUACGAAGGCAGCGAGCGUGUUGACAAGUUUGUCACCCAAUUCCUGAGUGGUUCAGUGUACGGAGCGCAGGUUGUCGUGACAAACCUGUCGGGCUCGACGCAAAAGGUGGAGGUGUUGCUCCAAAUCCCACAGGGCGCCGUGCCUCUCCAGGAUGGCUUUUUCACGCGCACUCGCCAUUUGCAAAUUUCGCCCUACUCGACCAGCACUUGCGAGUACCAGUUCUACUUCCCCAAGCCCGGCACUUUCACGCACUACCCGCCUCACGUCACCAAACGUGGCCGCCUGCUGUCGUACGGCGACGCCGCUCCGCUUGUUGUGCAGGCCACCAAGACAGUUGUCGACCAGACGAGCUGGGCCAACAUUGCGGCGGAUGGCACGCUCGAGAAUGUCGUGGCCUUUUUGCAGACUCAGAAUCUGGGCCGUGUUGAUCUGUCCCUGAUUGCGUGGCGCAUGCGCGAGAGCAAGCCGUUCCAGGAGAUUCUUUCAGUGUUGCGCGCUCGUCGUGUCUUUGACCACUCGCUCUGGGGCUACAGUUUGCAGCAUUUUGACUUGAUUGCCCUGUCCGAGUUGCUGCAGCACUCGCCUUCAAUCAUUGCCCAGGUCGCGCCUCGCCUGACAAGCACCCUGCUCACCUUCACGCUCGAAGACCGAGGUGAGGCGCAGAUGCUCGAGUACCAUCCGUUCUUUACGCCUCGCAUCCACCAGCUCGGUCGUCGGGACAUCUUCAACGACUCGCUCAAGGCCGCGUAUGUGUCGUUGCUCAAUGCCAUGGUCUGCUGCGCUACGCCCACCUCCGCAGACCUGUUUGCCCUGACGUACUACUUGCUUCUUCAGUCGCGAAUUGAGGAAGCAAUCUCCACCUUCGCGGCGGCACAGCUGCGUGUCAAGGAAGAGGAAUCGCGAUUGCUUGCCAUGGCAGCGGGCGGCACCAGCUCGAGCAAGUCCAGCAAGGCGGGCCAAUCGUUGGCCCCUCCUCCCGGUGCCGGUGAGCACCAGCUCGUUGUUCGUCGUCGCCCUUCUUUCAGUGCCAUCCCGUCCUCGUUCAUGCGUCUGCAGCGUGAGUAUCUCGAAGCCUACCUCGACUUCUACAACACACAGCCUGAUGUGGCGCCUCUGACUGUGGCCCGCAAGAUCUGUGCCGAGCACAAAAACCACCCCAUCGCGCGUUGGCGCAGCAAGUUUGCGGACAUGGCUCGGCAGAUUGACGAGUACGAUGCUGCCAUGCGUGGCGACAGCAGCUCGAGCAGUGCGGUUGCUUCCCCGACUCGCAACGUUGAAGGCGAUGAAGCUGGCAACAUUGAGCGCCAACAAGCACAGCUGGCUUCGACCGAUGCAGUGCUCAACUUGGAGAUUGCUACCGACGGCACCAUCACGAUCGAGGCUCGCAAUGCCAAGGAGCGCUCGGGCGAGCUGCGAUUCUACCCCAGCGACGUUGAGUUGCUCUUCUCAACCAAUCCUUUUGUGCGUGCCACAAGCGCAGCGUUUGCCUACAUUAAGCCGCAUCUUACUCUGCCCGUGUCGCUCCCCGCUACGGGCAGUGCAGUGACGGUGGCUUUGCCGAAGGAGUUGCUGAACGGCAAUGUCUUUGUUGAGGUUGUUCUGGGCAACUUGUCCAAGUCCACCAUGUUCUACUCGAACGGCCUCACGACCCAUCUGAUGGAGAACUAUGGCCAAGUCCGCGUUGUAGAGCGUGCCUCCAAACGCCCGAUUGCGUCGGCGUAUGUCAAGGUCUACGCCAAGCUCAACGACGGCACCACCAAGUUCUACAAGGACGGCUACACGGAUCUUCGCGGUCUGUUUGAUUAUGUUUCCCUCAGCAACGACGUGUUUGACUCUGUGAAGAGCUUUGCGGUUCUGGUCAUGUCGGACAAGUUUGGCAGCGUUGUUCUGGAAGCGUCGCGCCCACUGGCGUAAAAAAUCGGGCAAAGGCGACUUGACUUGGUUUUUUUUGUUUCAAGUGUGCAUGUUUUUUGAUGUGCUUUGUGUUUCCGCGUGUUGUUUGGUUUGUGAGCAUGCAGAUUCUGGUUGUCCAACACUUUUCAAAAUUGACGUGCUUGUUCAAUUCGUUGCCUUUCCAUCUUCCAGAAUCAACCGCCAAAUUAAC